ACGAGGCGAGACGUUGUCCAAUGUGCCGGUGACAUUUGGCCUCUGGAGCGUCCAGACACAAUGCCAACUAUCCAGUCUCUGGAAGUGAUGUGCGGCAAAGACCACAUGGACGUACAUCUCACGUUUUCGCAACCGUUUGAGGGAAUAGUAUCAUCCAAAGGUCAGCACGCGGAUCCACGCUGCGUGUACGUCCCACCGUCUACCGGUCAAACGUUCUUUUCAUUCAGAAUUGCGUACGCCAGGUGCGGUACGAAGCCAGAUCUCAAUGGCCAGUUCUAUGAGAAUACUGUUGUCGUGCAGUAUGAUAAAGACUUACUGGAAGUAUGGGACGAAGCAAAGCGACUUCGUUGUGAGUGGUUUAAUGAUUAUGAAAAAACUGCUUCAAAACCACCAAUGGUCAUCGCAGAUUUGGACAUCAUCCAACUGGAUUUCAGAGGCGAUAAUGUGGAUUGUUGGAUGGAAAUCCAGCACGGUAAAGGACCAUGGGCUCCACCUGUCAGUGGCAUUGUACCUCUUGGUUCAACUUUAUCACUUGUCGUAGCCAUCAACGAUUACAGAGGCGAGUUCGACAUGCGAGUGAAGUCGUGCGUGGCUUCAGACGGCGCCGGGCACGUCAUCCAUCUGUCCGACGAGGCGGGCUGCGUACUGCGCCCGAAGAUGAUCUCGCGAUUCCUGAAGACGCGGGCGUCCGACGACCGCGCCUCAGUCAUAACGUACGCCUUUUUCCACGCGUUCAAGUUUCCCGAUGCCCUGAGCGUUCACAUCAAAUGCAAGGUGGAGAUAUGCAGACACGGCUGUCCGGAUCAUUGCCAUCUGAGCGGUCACGGAGGCGCCCAGGAGCGAAAAGAUUCGCCCCAGUCGGCCGCUGCCGGCGCGACGCAGAGAUGCUCUAUGAUGAUAUAUUACACGACG